GAAAGCUCAGGGCUCACCCUACCACCUGCUUGUGUGCCUGUGAGGGAGGGGUUGUCGCCGUUCUGCUUCUGCCGGGCGAGAAGGACGGCGGGUCGACUGUGGAGGUUGUGUUAUCCGUCACCGCCGUCAAUUCAUACACGAUGGCAGCUGCCGUCGCGGGGUUCCGUGCCUCCUACCAUCGCUUCUUGGACCGGAUCGAGCUCAUGUUGCCGCCACGGCUGCGCCCGAUAUACAACCAUCCUGCAGGUCCUAAAACAGUGUUUUUCUGGGCACCUAUUAUGAAAUGGGGUUUGGUCUGUGCUGGAAUGGCUGAUAUGACUAGGCCAGCAGAAAAACUCAGCACAUCACAAUCUGCAGUGUUAAUGGCCACAGGACUUAUCUGGUCAAGAUAUUCCUUAGUUAUUAUUCCUAAAAACUGGGGUCUAUUUACCGUUAAUUUCUUUGUGGGAUGUGCUGGUGGUUCUCAGCUGUACCGUAUAUGGAGGUAUAAUCAAGAGCUAAAAGCCAAGGAGCAGGAACAAAAGCAGCAAUAAAAAUGCAGUUCAUCUCUUCAUGUUUCAUCUGUGAACUCAUUAUCAAGGGACCUAGUUGUAAUCUUGUGCAGUUGUCCAGCAUGAAUUUUUACUAAUGUCUGAGCAUGUUUUUUCUAUAAAUUAGAAAACAGUCUCUUUACACAAAUAAAAUUUAACUUGCCUAUAAACAAAUGCCUAUUUUUAAAUUCAGAUGUCACAGUCUGUUAACUGGGUUAAAUGGCAACCCUAAAUACAAAAUGUAUUCCUUGUUAAAGUUCAAUCUACAUAAUACUACACAGUUGAAGAAUCAAAUUGCUUCCCCAAUCAUUUACAUUUUCACAGAACUCCUAGACUUGAUCUGCGGUGGGGGGGGGGGGACUGCGGGGGAGACUAUAUGAAUGUUUAACUACAUGCUUCAGCAACAGAGUGUUACCCGUUUGUGAAACUGGUAAAGUUGUUCAAACAAAGCUUCAAGUUGCCUACCCUAUUGAUAGUGAUUGUAGCAAAAUUUGUGCUUUGUUACUAGCUGCCUUAUAGGGAAAUUUAAUAAACCUUUCCAAAGCAAAGAUGUACAUACUGGAGAGAAGCUUAAAGUA